UGGAAUCAUCAGUAUCCGUCUUCCGACCGGGGACCAUGUCGAAUACGUAACGGUUGGAAUUGACUGUUCAUUUGCGUUCAGGAUAAAUUGCUUAAUGAUUUCAGUCGUGAUACCGGCCAAAAACCCAGAAAAUGCCGCAGAAAACACUGGGAUCCCUUAUAGGUCUGCUUUGUACCGGGACAUGUUUGGUGCAGGGGAAGGAGUUCUGUUUCGGGGUGAACAACGAGCAGUACCGUUGUGAGAUGGGAUACUGCUGCGGAGAGACGGAGUGCUGCACUUACUACUACGAGCUCUGGUGGUUCUGGCUGGUGUGGACUCUCAUCAUCAUGCUGAGCUGCUGCUGUGCGUACCGUCACCGGCGUGUGAAGAUGCGUCUGCAGCAGGAACAGAGGCAGAGAGAGAUCAGUCUGAUGGCCUAUCAGGGAGCCUCUAGCUCCUUCAUCACACCCCCGCCCCUCAACCUGCGGUUCUGGACGGACUGUAAGCUCCCAGACUAUGAGGAGGUCGUAGGUCACCCUCCGACCCCACCCCCACCCUACUCAGAGAUCCCCCCCGAGACCACGCCCAUCAUCCUUCUGCCUGCCACUGCCAGCCAAUCAGAAGCUUCCGUGGUACUGGAGCCCCUAGUGGAGGCGGAGCCAGCCUCAACUUCAUCAACACCGGAGCAGGAAGUAGCCGGGGCCGCCAGCCAAUCGGAAUCCCCGGAGGAGGAGGAUGCCGAAGCCCCAUUGGACGAGGAGGAGGAGGAGGAGCUGGUGACUCGGCGCCGACACGUGACGGGCGACUCUGGGAUCGAGGUGUGCGUGUGCCGCCUGGACGAGGUGGACGAGGACGCCAGCGCGUGCCAGGGCGCCGGGGGCAACGGCUGCUGCUCUUCCGAACACCGGCAGGCCCUCAGACACAAAGACCACGCCCCCAGCCCUAGCCCAGCCCCCAGCCCCGUCCCCAGCAGGGGGGACCGGCUGGUGUGACCCGCCGCCUCGCUUGCCAGGGCGGCCGGGGCAAAGCUGGGGGGGCGUUGCCGCGGUGACGCGCUCAGCAUCUUCAUCAUCGUCGUCGCCAGGAAGUGACGCGGCCGCAGAGCGCUCUGCUGACGCCCCCUGGUGGUGGUUUACAACUGUGACGUUUGAGAACGUCGCCGACGGUGAUGAUGAUGACAAGCCCAAGUUGCUCUGAUUCAAGGAAGUAACUGUUUGUUUGUUGUUUUGUGGCUCUGCUAACAGUUGAUCCUCACCCACCCUCACAUUUGAGACAAAGACCAGUUUCACCAGAUCAGAAAGUCUGGCCAGAGACACAACACUGGCUCAUCUUAUUUCUUCCAAAGCUCUGUGUGUGUGUGUAAUAUGGGCCACAGCUGCAUGGUGAUGUCACUCCAGACUGUCUUCUUCCCUCUCUGGACUUGUCCAGAAUAGAGGACGGGGGGACUACAGGCAGGCUGUGUCUCUCUCUCUCUCUCUCUUUCUGUCUGAACUCAACAACACCAGACCCCUCUCACACAGACACACUGUGCCUCGUGUCUGCCAGUGUGUGUUCAGGGGUCAGCCAGGCUGGUGAG